AUGUCUGAUCAUGAUCAACAACAGUUACAUUCACUUGUUCUAUCUGCCGAGUUGAAUUCAGAGAACGAAAAUGUUGAACAACUCGGACCGAUUAUAAAAUCCAUUUAUGACACUGAACGACAAGAAGCUUUCCUUGAGCAAUUAGCUACAUUCGUGAGAAAGAAAGAAGGCGAGAUCGAACGGAUGUGUAAUAGUAAUUAUCAGGAAUUCGUACACUCCGUAGAUCAAUUGUUAAAAGUUAGACAAGGAACAGUUAAUUUGAAAAAUAAAAUCAUUGAUCUGAAUUAUGAUGUUCAAAAAUCUGGAAAAAAAGUUGCUGCAAAGAAAAAGGAACUUAUCCAAACGCGUAAAACUCAGAAAAAUAUUGAUGAAGCAGUGGAUACUUUACAACUAUGUUUACAUGUCCUUGAUAUGGCCAAUCGAGUUAAUCAUUUAGUUGAAGAGAGAAAAUAUUAUUCUGCUUUGAGAGUUUUAGAGGAAUUACAAACUGUGCAUUUACGAAAAGUUAUUCAAUAUGAAUUUGCUAAACAUAUGCAUGAAUCUAUACCUGUCAUGCAAAACAGUGUCAAAGAUGCCGUCACUAAAGAGAUGAAAGAAUGGCUAUUUCGUGUUCGGCAAGUGACGCGACAAGUUGGUAAAAUAGCUAUGGAGCAAAUGAGUUUGCGUCAAAAGCGAUGGAAGGCGAAAGUUUCACAAAAUCCUGAUUUACGUUCCGUUCCCGUCAGUUCUCCUAUAGAAAUUGUAAUGAAUGAAGAAAACGAAUUUAACAUUAUAAAUAAUGACGAGGUACAGAUAGAUUUUAAGCCAUUGUAUCAAUGCUUACAUAUUCAUGAAGAACUUGGGAAGCUUAGUGAAUUCAAAACAAAUUAUGAAGAUGAUAGAAGGGCCCAAGCAAAUUUGGUUCUUUCACAGUCUUAUACACUAAGAGAUAGUAAUGAAAAAGGUUUUGAGGCUUUCCUUCAAGAUGUUGUGGGGUUCUUUGUCAUUGAGCAGAUUAUCGUGCAGUCAACACAAAAUUUUCGAUCACGGGCGGAAGUGGAUAGUUUAUGGAAUACAGUAAUAGCAAAAGUUGUUAAAAUUGUAGCUGAAAGUUUAGAUGAUUGUCGCGACCCUGAAUUGUUUAAGCAAAUCAAGUUUAGCUUAUUUACAUUCAUUCAAACGUUAGAAGAUUAUGGAUAUAAUGUUAAUACCUUUACAGAUUUAGUUUUGAUCAUUUUCCAGAAGUAUUCAGAUAUGUUGAAACACAAAUUUUCUGUUGAUUUUCAUCAAACAAUUAUUGAUGAUGAUUAUAUGCCAAUGCAAGUCUCUUUUCGUGAAGAAUAUGAUGCCGUCGUUGAUGCAUGUUGGUUUAAAGAAGAUAAUCGUAUUAGUCAAGGAUUUCCGAAAACACUUCCAUUCUCUCAAGCAUAUCCAUCUUGUUGUUUGGAUAUUAAGAAUUUUGUGAAUCAAUAUUAUCAAUUUGCGGAGGAAGAUUCGAAGAAGUACAGCUAUGUUGAUGAUAUAGUUCAACAGACUCUUGAUCAUCUUCUUAUAGAUCAUGUGGAUGGUGCAUUACGAGGAAAAUUACAAAGCACUAAUAUGUCACAAAUUGUCCAAAUUAUAAUUAACCUCGAAUAUUUUGAAAGUGCCUGUGGUGAGCUCGAAAAAUUGCUGAAAGCUAAAAGAUCUUCACACCGAGGAGGAAAAAUUAAAUUGUAUGCAAUAGAUGAAUUUAGGGAGACACGUAAGAAGGCUGAAAAACGUAUAUUUGAAUUAGUCAAUUCCAAGAUCGAUGACUUUUUGGAAAUAGCGGAUUUAAUUUUGAAUCCGGAUGUCAAAAAAAUCAAUUCCAAUGCUAUAAUUAAUUUUGAUUUGGAUGUCACUUUUUUGGAAAAUUUUGCUCGUGGGCUUGAUGAUCCGAAUAUUGCUGAUGCAUUUUUAGAAUUAAGACAGAUUGUCACAUUACUUCAGGCAGAAAACGCAGAGGAGUAUCUAGAUCCUUCUUUACGAAAUAGAAAAUAUUCUCGUCUCAGACCAGCAGAUGUGGUUAAUUUAUUUGAAAAAUGGUUAAGAGAUCAGGCAGUAAUUAACAUGGACUCAGAAGAACGAGCAAGAAAACGAGCGAUGGAAGGUGUUGUACGUUCUUUACGAUUGUCUUCAUCGUAA